CGUACGGUACGGUUUGCUUGCGAAAGGCCGAACUAGAUAGCUCUAGAGCUCUACAGAGCAGCGAUCAUGGCGGAUGAUAGUCCAAAGAGAAAGAGAGCUUUGGAAGCUCAAGUUCUCGAGGUGGUCGGAGAAGUAAUCUCUGCAAUUAACAGCGCCAAGCAUGUCGACCAUGUCAUUUGCGCGCUUCACUCCAUGACCGUCCUUCUCUUUCCUCUCGAUUCCUCUCUCGUCUCAGGUAGUCUUGACGAGAAAUAUCGAGAUCAGAUCCUUAGUGCAAAAGCUCCUUCAGCAGUUGAGAGAAGUGAAUGGUGGCAGGCAUUCUACCGAGGAGCCGCAUUUCCGACUGUGGCUCGCGUUCUUUUACGGGAGGUUGCUUCCAAUUGGCUAGCAUGUUUCCCCAUUUCAGCUCGUAAGCACGUCUACGAUGUUUUCUUUGUUAAAGGACUUGUAACUGAGGUUGUUCAGGCCUUGGUCCCUUGUUUACAGCAGAUUGGGACCGAUGGUCUUGAUGUUAGUGCUGUCUGCUCAAAUACCGAAAGAUUGGUCAUUCUUUGCUUGCUUGAAAAUGAUGGAGUUGCCCAGAUGGCUAGGGAAUUUGGUUGUCCUUCCCAAACUGCAGAUUCUGGAGAUGUACCUUCCAAGGCCACAAUAUCCAUGGUGGCACAGAUUAUUGCAUCUAUACCUGACAAAGCACAAUUGGGAGCCCCAGUUUCGCUUUCAUCACAUUCGUUCUUCAAGCAGAUUACCAUUCAGCUUCUUUCUCUGGCAGAAGAAAAGAACUUGAAUUUAUCUAAUGGUGGAGCCACAAUCCAUAUAAGAGACGUGGAUGGUACCUUUUUAUUUGUUGGUGAAACAUUUUCUCGUAUCUGUCGUCGUGGUUCUGUAGAUGUGUUCGCAAGUGAAGUUGUCCCAAGGGUUCUUAGGCAUGUACAAAGGUUAUUAUCAUCAACUGUUGAUUCACUUGUCUUGGAUGUGAUUGACUCAAAUCCUGCUUCCCAGUUUUGGUUGAAUAUGAUGUUGUCAGUCAACGAUUCGUAUGCUGUGGAAAGAAUGUCUGAACAACUUUUACAUGAGCUUGCAACUCAACGUGUGAGUGAUGUUGAAGCUUACUGGGUUCUUUGGUUAUUGUUUCAUCGAAUUUUUGCACAGCAGGCAUCAUUGAGGUCCAUGUUUGUUGACAAAUUUUUAUUCUGGAAAGUGUUUCCUGUCCGUUGCGUCCGAUGGAUCCUUCAUUUUGCUCUUCUUGAAUCCCCUCCAAAUGCAAAUUUGAUUCCUAAUGUUAAUAACACCCACAAUUUCUUAGAGGCAUUGCAGCGGCUGGUAUUGGUAUGGUCUAAGAGAGAGUUCGUGCAAUCAGCUACAGUGGAGCAGCAAAUUUAUGUAUCUGCGGCUGUUGGCCUUUCCCUGGAGAAGAUGUCUAAAGAGGAACUAAAUGAGGUUAAGGACGUGAUGAACUCAAUUCUUCAAGGAGUGAGCUAUAGGCUGGAGAGCCCUAAUGAUUUGGUUCGUAAAAUGGCUAGCAGUGUUGCAUUAGUGUUCUCGAAAGUUAUUGAUCCAAAAAAUCCUCUAUACCUUGAUGAUAGCUGCAGUGGAGAGACCAUUGAUUGGGAGUUUGGGUUGACUACUUCUGAGAAAGGACCUCUGACAACCACAAACUGCGUCGGUAGUGGUGUUAAUGUUAAAUCAUCUUCUACAUCAGAGCUGGAAAAGGACGUAAACCACCUACCUGAUGAUGACAUACGCAAUAAAGUGAAGAGAAAAAAGGAGAAAGUAUCUGAAUAUAAGUUGGUUGAUCCAGACGAGAUUAUAGAUCCAAUUAAUCUAAAUUGUGACUCAGGCUCUGAUAAAGAUGACUAUGAUGAUGAUGAUGAUACUAGGAGUGAGAAUUCUGAUACUUCAAGUGACUCAUCUUUACAGCCUUACGACUUAUCAGAUGAUGACACGGAUUUGAAAAGGAAAUUCACACAGUUGGUUGAUGUUGUUGGAGCACUACGAAAAUCUGAUGAUGCUGAUGGGGUGGAGAAGGCUCUUGAUAUUGCCGAAAGCCUUGUCCGAGCAUCACCAGAUGAACUUAGGCAUGUAGCAAGUGAUCUUACGAGAACUCUUGUACAGGUUCGUUGCUCUGAUUUGGCUGUAGAAGGCGAGGAAGAAUCAGCCGAAGACAAGAGGCAAAGGACAUUAGUUGCUUUGGUUGUCAUGUGUCCAUUUGAGUCUCUUGAUACAUUAAACAAUCUCCUAUAUUCACCAAAUGUUGAUAUUAGCCAACGGAUAAUGAUACUCGAUGUCAUGACCAAUGCUGCUCAGGAGCUUGCUUAUACUAAAACUAUGAGACCUAAACAUCAGACCAGGCCCCUAAUAUCAACCAUAUCAGAGACCCAAGCCUGGUUCUUGCCUAGUGACGUAGGGCCUCCUGGAGCAGGUUCCUGGAAGGAAGUUUCCGAAAGGGGAACUUUACUGAACUGGGAAAAUCGCUAUGAGAGAGAACUUCCCCCAAAACCCGGUCAAAUCAAAAAAGGAAAGACGCGCAGAUGGAGCGUAAGAUCAGCAAAUGUACAAGAGAACCAAAUAGAAUGGUCCCGUAAUAAGUUUCCGAUGUAUGCAGCAGCGUUUAUGCUCCCUGCCAUGCAGGGCUUUGAUAAGAAAAGGCAUGGUGUAGAUUUGCUUAAUAGAGAUUUUAUUGUCCUUGGGAAACUCAUCUAUAUGCUUGGCGUAUGUAUGAAAUGCGCUGCCAUGCAUCCAGAAGCAUCUGCAUUAGCCCCCCCUCUUUUAGAUAUGCUAGGAACGAGGGAAAUCUGCCAUCACAAAGAAGCGUAUGUCAGAAGAGCUGUUCUUUUUGCAGCUUCAUGCAUAUUGGCAUCGCUCCAUCCUUCUUAUGUUGUGUCCGCGUUGACUGAAGGAAAUCUCGAAAUUUCAAGAGGGCUUGAAUGGGUUCGCACGUGGGCCCUCCAUGUGGCCGAAUCAGACACAGAUAGAGAGUGCUAUAUGAUGGCUAUGACAUGUCUCCAACUCCAUGCUGAGAUGGCCCUUCAGGCUUCACGAGCAUUGGAGUCGACACAAAGUACGUUGAAAUCGGCAAAUAGUGGCCUUACUUCCCAUGUCUCCAAAGGGACGAUAAAAAUCCCUUCCUCCAAUGCACUCCAUUAAUCUUGCUGAUCUAAUUCACUUUUAAAGAAAAUUGCUAACAGUAGCUCUUGUAACUUCUUUUGUACAGUAAUUAAAUAUCAUGUUUAUUGUUCAAUAUGUCUCUCCCCUUAUUUUUUGGAGGCAGCAAAUAUGUCCGUCUAUUUAUUU